UUAAAGGUCGCAUGUUCCUAUGUCAAUUAUUUAUUAACAAAUAAAAGCAAUAGAAUAUCUUGACAAUGAAGUCAAUGCCACAAAUAUUGAAUAUUGCAUAUUUGCAUAUUGCAAACAAAUACUGCUUUUUAAAGCCACUAUUUCUUAAUAUAUAAUCAUCUACCUUCCAAAACCACCCAACCAAAGCAAUGGCUUCUCCCCACAUCUCAGAGCUGUUUACAUAUCUAACCUUCUCUACCUUCUAUCUUCUCUCCACAGCUCUCGCCCUUGUCUUCCUUUAUGUUUUUGGAUCAUUUCUCUCCUUUAUCAUCUUCUACCUCCAGGAAUCCAUUCACAGCUCUCACCGCCCUCCAGUCGCCGGCACCGUAUUCCACCAGCUCCUAAAUUUCAGCAACCUUUUCGAUUACUUAACCAACCUUUCCAUAAAACACAAGACCUUCAGGCUGGUGAAGCCCUCCCAUAGCGACAUAUACACUACUGAUCCUGCCAAUAUAGAGUACUUCCUGAAGACUAACUUCUCUAACUACAACAAGGGUAGAGUUAAUUAUGAUAUCAUGAAGGACUUGUUCGGUGAUGGAAUCUUUGCAGUGGAUGGUGAAAAGUGGAAGCAUCAGAGAAAGCUUGCAAGCUAUGAGUUUUCAACCAAAGUUCUUAGAGACUUCAGCACUGCGGUAUUUCGGACGAAAGCUGCGAAGCUGGCAAAGAAGAUUGCAGAGGUUGCGGGAUCUGCAACUGGUGUAGAUAUGCAGGAUCUCCUAAUGAAAUCAACUAUGGAUUCCAUUUUUAAGGUUGGAUUUGGUGUUGAGCUUGAAACUCUUUCAGGGACAGAUGAUUUAGGGGCUGCUUUCUCAAAGGCCUUUGAUGAAUCAAACUAUAUGGUUUUCAGGCGGUAUGUUGAUAUAUUCUGGAGAGCAAAGAGGAAUUUCAACAUCGGCUUAGAGGGCCAGCUUAAGAAGAACCUGAAGGUGAUUGAUGAGUUUGUUUUUCAACUCAUACAGCACAAGAGGGAACAGAUGGAAAGCAAUGUUAAAGAUAAAAUGAAAGAGGAUAUACUUUCGAGAUUCGUGUUGGCAAGUCAGAAAGAUACGACAAUGAAUGAUAAAUAUUUGAGGGAUAUCAUCCUCAAUUUCUUGAUUGCAGGGAAGGAUACAUCUGCAAAUACGCUUUCAUGGUUCUUCUACAUGCUGUGCAAGAAUCCAUUGGUACAGGAGAAAAUUGUAGCUGAAAUCAAAGAGGUCAUUGAAUUUGAAAAUGGUGGUUCAAUUGAUGGGUUUGUGAAUAGAUUAACAGAAGAAGUCUUGGACAGAAUGCAGUAUCUCCAUGCUGCAUUAGCUGAGACUCUUCGUCUUUUUCCUGCUGUUCCAGUGGAUGGAAAACUUGCAGAAGAGGAUGAUGAAUUACCAGAUGGUUUUAAGGUGAAAAAGGGGGAUGGAGUAACCUAUAUCUCCUAUGCAAUGGGAAGGAUGACGUAUCUUUGGGGUGAAGAUGCUGAGGACUUUCGGCCCGAGCGAUGGCUUAAAAAUGGAACUUUUCAGCCUGAGAGCUCUUUCAAAUUUGUCUCCUUCAAUGCUGGUCCUCGAAUCUGUUUAGGCAAGGAUUUUGCAUACAGACAGAUGAAGAUAUUGGCUGCUACUCUCCUCCAUUUCUUCAAAUUUAAACUCAAAAAUGAGUCAAUGAUUGCUAGAUACAAAACCAUGUUCACUCUUCAUAUGGACAAAGGCCUUCCAGUUAUUCCACUUCCCAGGUUUUGCUAAUAUUAGCAACCACUGAACUGCAUGAUCUUCAAUGCACUUCAACGACAUCACAGCGUUUCAGACUCAUCAAACUCUGCACUCAAGCUUAUCCUUUUAAAAUUGUUCAGAUUACAUAACUUACUUGUGGAUGUAGAGGAAAUGUACUUUAUUGUAUCAUCAUGGUUGUCUCCUAUUGUAUCAUGAAUUAAUCUAUCAAUAUUGGGUUUAGUCAUGCAUUAUAUACUUGAUGAAUAUACUAAUGAAGAAAUAUUAG